AUGGUCUUCGUCCUGUUGGCGUGCACCGACAUCCGUGGAGAGAAGAUCAACGUGGAGCUCCCCCUCGAUGAGCGGCCUACCUCCAUUGGGGAGUUACAGCGCACGCUCGAGCAGGUGCUACAAGGUGAGGAAAGCGCCAUGAAGCAGGUGGCGGCAGAGAAGGCAACGCGCCCUUCCGAGCCUUUCACUGUAAGCCGCCUGCAGCGGUACGAGGAGGACACUCAGUCGUGGUCGGAUCUACGCGACACGCACAGCUUGUGUGCGUACGAUCAGUUGUACGUGUUUCGCAAAAACCCCACAAGGGCGGAUAUAUCGGCACAGCGCGAGGUUCCAGCGCCGCGCAGAAGCCCGUACUUCCGGGCUCCAAAUGCUGCUGCUGAGGCGGCAGCCGACACGGAGUCUCAACGCGGCAUUAGGAGGCGCUCUAUGGGAAACAAUGACUCGCAGUCGCCACCGAUCAUGAUUAGGCAGAUGCCUUCUUCAGCAGCUGAAGGAGGACUGCGUGGUGGCGAGAGCGGCACUAGCAGGGGCAACGCUGCCACCACCUCACCGGAGCGACGCAUAGAGAGGCACGGCGAACUGCCGAGUGGCGGCGCGCUUGUGCCAACAGUAGAGCGUGCGCACAGCGCUGUGGCUGGAAGCAGGGAGCGGGUCGUGCAGGAGCAGGUGGACGCUGUCUUCGGCAUCGGUGACCAGACGCAGAGGGGAUAUUUGACGGUGCGAGAUUUUCAGAGCAUCUUUCAUGCCUCCCAGAUUCGCUUCCCUCCAGAUGUCGUGGAGGAUAUACACCGCUUCUUCGCCAAGGAUAAACGCGGGGAGCCGAUCAUGUCUUUUCAGGACUUUCACGCCUACGCACGGGACUUUGUGCAGACGAUUAGCGUUGCCUACUCGCGGCUGAACAACCACGAGCGGCAGAGAGUUGUGGAGCAGGAGUGGCGUGCCACCACCACCGCCGUGGAUGAGCUCCACGCGCAGAAGAAAGCGCUGGAGGAACGCCUAGGCGCGGUGCAGAGGCAGCUGAUGCGAGAGCAGGAGAAGAAGGCCUGUUUGCAGAAUGAAGCAGAUGAGUUGCGGCGCGCUGCUGAUCCCGAGCAGCGAGAGGAGGAGCAGAAGUUGCUCGACAAGGAGGUCAGUGUAUUCCGAUACAGACAGAAGCUACGCCAGGAGGAGGUGGACUAUGAGCGGCUCGCGGCGGAGUUGCUGUUGCGGCGACGGGCGCCCAGUGCGGCGGUGGGACACUCACCCACACAAAAUACAAGUGAUCGGUAUGGACCGCGUGGCUGA